AUGCGGCCCCCUCGGGGCCAGCCGCCCCCCGGGCCCGGCCAGCCCCUGCGGGCCGGCGGCGAGGCGGGGCAGCCCCAGCGCCCACCGCCGCCUCACCCGUCCCGCGAGUCCCCGCCGCCCGCCCCGGGCCCGCGGCCCAUCCCCGCCGCCGCCGCUCAGCUGUCCCGACCGGGGACGCGAACCCGCGGCCCGGCCGCCGGCCCCGCCCUACGGGGGGAGGCGGGACCCGUUAGAGCGGCAAGGCACGGACCGGGACCGGGACCGGGACCGGGACCGGCGCCGCUCCGCCGGCCGCAGAGGGCCGCGCCGCGCGCGCGCGGGGCACCGCUACGGGUCGCCGGAAGGGCCCUGCCGGGCGCGCGGCGGGCACGGGCGUCCGUCGCCGCUCCGCCCCCGCCGACUCCGGAAGGGAAACCGGAAGCGCCGCGCCCUUUCCCGUUUCCCCCUCCAACCCCCCCGGCAACCGGCGGCAGCGCACGGACGUUCCGGCCCGCGGGCGGCUCACGACCCCGGGGUGGCGGGGACGAGGCAGCCUCCCCUCUCCCGGGCACCCCGGUGCUGCCCGCCCGCCCGCCCCCGGGGCCUCAUGGCCCGCCGUCCGGCCGGAGGCUGCACGGCCUCCCCUGGCCUGCCCUCCUCGGCUGGCCCGGCACUGGCCCGGGCCCUCCCGGCUUGGAAGGGACCGGCAGCUUUCACCGCCUCAGCCAUGACCCCACCCCGACAAGCCUGUUGUGCCCAGUCUCAGCACACGCAGGAGCUUCGUCCUUGGUUUCAGGGACGCCAUUACCAGCCUCGCUGCAUGCGUAUCAGCUUAACCGAGAGCUAAAUGGAACCCACCUGCUUGGCCGCCUCUCCUUUCCUCUGUACAGAUCAUCUCCCAGAGACCUUCGGGAGGUGCCCCACGCUGUGACCAGUUACCUGAGACCAAUAAAGGCCGUGUUUCGUGCAGGCCGGGCCGUGCAUUAUGUAUGGGAGCAGCAGCCCGGCUGCACGGCCAGCAUUGCCAAAAGGAGCCCUGGAGAGGCGAGAGGGAAGCGAGUCAGACCGCGGUCAGCUCUGCAGUGUUCAGUCAAGGAGGAUCAGCUUUUAACAGCCACGUACGCAUGUAAGGUACAGCGUGACAAGCAGGGUUCAUGGCAUGGAGCGGUCAAGAACGAGGACACCUUCAAGACCUCCCCGUUUCAUUUUGAUCUGUGGUUCUACUUCACUCUGCAGAACUGGGUGCUGGACUUUGGGCGUCCCAUUGCGAUGAUAAUCCUACCUUUGGAGUGGUUUCCUCUAAAUAAACCAAGUGCUGGAGAUUAUUUCCACAUGGCUUACAAUGUUAUCACGCCAUUUCUUCUGCUAAAGCUCAUCGAGAGAUCCCCCAAAACCUUACCGAGAUCAAUGGUCUAUGUCAGCAUCAUCAUGUUUGUCAUGGGAGCCAGCAUCCACCUAGUCGGAGACUCUGUAAACCAUCGCCUGAUUUUCAGUGGCUACCAGCACCAUCUGUCUGUAAGAGAGAAUCCCAUCAUCAAGAACCUGAAGCCAGAGACACUGAUUGAUUCCUUUGAGCUGCUGUACUACUACGAUGAAUAUUUAGGUCAUUCGAUGUGGUAUAUCCCUUUUUUCCUGAUACUGUUUAUAUAUUUCACCGGCUGCUUCACCCCUGUUGAAGAGGAGAGCAGGAUGCCAGUGGCUGCCUUGCUUCUGAUGGGGCCCAGCAGCCUUUAUUACUGGUAUCUCGUGACAGAGGGUCAGAUUUUCAUCCUCUACAUUUUCACUUUCUUUGCCAUGAUGGCUUUAGUGAUGCACCAGAAACGCAAAGGACUUGUCCUGGACAGCAAUGGGCUUUUUCUGUUCUACUCCUUCAUCAUAACACUGGUCCUCAUUGCUGUUUGGGUGGUUUGGCUGUGGAAUGACAAAAUUCUCAGGAAGAAGUACCCUGGCGUGAUCUAUAUCCCCGAGCCAUGGGCAUUUUAUACCCUGCACAUGAACAACCUCCAUGCAGCAAAGGAAAGUUUAUAAGUUUUGAUAUUUUAGAGUGAUUUGAAGGAAAAAAAAAAAAAAAUCUAGUUUUUCUAAUGUAGAUGUAUUUCAAAUAAAUUCCUGACCAACAGUAGCUGCAAGAUGUAUGGUAUGUUAGCUAGAGCUAGCUAGGGAGGGGGUGUUUGAACAAAAGGGGAAAAUAGUCUUUCUGACUUAACGCUUUAAAGCCAGGGUCGUGGCAGGGGCGUCUCCCCUGGCUUUGCACCAGCCAGCCCUCACAAUUGCACAGUGCAGUUCCACGCUGGACUUUUUCGAGUGCUUAGGGGACAGCACCAAAUCCCUCCCGUAUCGGAGUAGGGCCGCAGCAUCCCAGCCGCAUGGUGGUCCACGCCACUGGCGAACCCCCAUCCCACCAUCGCCACCCAAGAGAGCAUCCCGGCCUUUAACAGGAGCGGUUUGCUGGGAAGUCGGAGCACUCUCGCCCACCCCAUGUCUUGGCGCGGAGAGGUGUAUCCGCUCCUCCCAGCCAAGUAAACAUGCCGGGAAGGGGCUGAGCCGCCCUACCUUGGAUCUGAAUGGCAGCUCUGCUUGGCCAUGCCUCCCCAGGAAGCCCUCCCAGGGUCCUGGCUGUCAGUGCCUGCGCUGCUGAGCACAGGCAUUGUGCAGAAAAGGCCGGACUGGUGGCAGAGGCAGAAGGGCCAAUUCCCCAUGAACGCAGCCCGAAAAGAGCAUCGAGCAGGGAGGUGAUCUCCAGCAUCGGCCCCGUUCCCAUGGGGUCUGUGCUGCCAGCGCCUUCUGCUUCCGCUCACCACUUCUCCAGCCUCAGGUGAUGGAGCUGAGCUCCUAAAACGCCAGCUGCAUCCCUGUGAUGGUUUAUGUCUAUAAAACUUGUAUUAGAGCCCUGUGUGACAGAAUCCAAGUGGUAGAAGAAAAAAAGCUAUUAGCGAAACAUACUGAAUAAAAAUAUUUGGUAAAAGUU